UCAAAUUUAAUUUGUCUACAUUACCUACCUUCAAUUUAUCAUUAUGGCUCGUUGGAUUCUCAGUUCAUAUGGUGGACCUAAACGAGUCAAUCACGCAGCCGUGGCUAUGGGAGAUAACAUCUAUUCUUUUGGAGGGUAUACAGCGACGGAAGUUGGCCCCCAAAAUGAUUUUAUUGACAUUCAUGUACUCAACACUUUCACCUACCGUUGGGAGCUUCUUCCAACUUUUCCUGUUGAAAGCGGUAAAAAGCCUCGUAGUUCUACCAUUUCUGCCUCUCAUCCAGAAACUCCUCCCUCAACCAGUCAGUCUACUCAAAUUCAACGUCGUCGAACUCGCAGUCUUUCAACUUCAACGUCUUCACAUCCAUUAGCACAAAUUCGAAAUUCGAAUCCUCCAUUAUACGAUUUGGAAGGAAUUGAACAUAAUUUGGAGGAAAACCAAGCAAAUACCAAUAAUGCAUCAAUUCUUGAAGAAGACAACGAAAUGGAUAUUACACAAGCUACUGACACUUUUACUGUUUACCAACAAAUACUUAGUGAUGUUGGUUUUCAUUAUAAUAUUGACCAUAAUUUGGAAAAUGACAACGAUGAAAAUGCUACCUUUGACAUUUCUUCUGUUUAUUCCGAAAAUUCUCAAGAAGGGGAAGAAGACGAGGAUGAAGAUAUGGAUUUAAUUGAAGAAGAAGAGGAACGUAUCUUUGUCCAUAUUGAUGGAAUUGGUGAUUUGGAUUUGCCAAAUAAUGUGGAUAGAGACAGAUUGGAAAAAUUACGACAACACCCAGAAAUUCCUUUUAAGCUUUAUGGACACACUGUUGUCUCUUAUAAAGGAUUUUUCUAUUUGUGGGGUGGACGGAGCGAUGCUUAUGGAUGUAGACAAACACUUCAUCGAUACAAUCCAGCAACAAAUCUUUGGUCUAUCGUUACAACAUUUGGUCAAUGCCCUGCAAGAGAUGGACAUACAGCAAUUGUUUGGGAUGAUUAUAUGUAUAUAUUUGGUGGAUAUGAAGAACGUGAACAACGUUUUAGUCAAGAAACUUAUUCUUUUCAUUUUCCAACAAAUACUUGGAGUAAAUUAAAAACUUUUGGAAAACCUCCUCAAUAUAGAGAUUUCCAUACUGCUUGUGUACUUGAUGGAAGAAUGUAUGUUUUUGGCGGUCGUUCAGAUGAAAGUGGACAAACACACACAAAUCAUGAUCUCUAUGAUGACAAAUUGCACUUUCUUGACUUAAAAUCUAUGGAAUGGAAUGUUGUCAAGCCAACUAACAAUGACCAACCUUGUGGGCGUCGUUCUCAUACAAUGUGGACAUUUAAAGGAUUUGUAUAUCUUUUUGGUGGUUACAAUUCAAUUUCGAAUGUUCACUUCAACGAUUUGUGGCGUUUUGACCCAACAACAAAUUCUUGGAUUGAACAGAAAGUUUUGGGAAAAGGGCCUUCUCCUCGCCGUCGUCAAUGUAAUGUAAUGAUUGGCAAUCGUCUAUUUUUGUUUGGAGGGACAACUCCACAUCCCCGAAGGAGUGCUUUGGAGGAUUUGGGUGAUCUUUAUGUUCUCGACUUCUCUCCAACACUUUCUUCACUUUGUCUUGAAGCUGUUCUGAAAUUGGGGUUGAAACAACAGGCAAAAAAUGUUUUGCCAGAAAUUCUAAAGUAAGUUUAAAUUGAUUUUUUGUAAAAAUAUUUAAAUAUUGACAGGCAAACCUCAUUUUUAGAUAUCCCAAAGUUAAAUAAGCUUUCUUUUGAAAUUUGAUUGGGCAUUAGAUUAAGCUAGAGCUAUCUAAGUGAUAUCCACAAUUUAACCUUGAUACGAUUUUUAAACCCCAAAGAGGGUAUUUGAAGAAAAAUUCCCUAAUUAAAAUCAUUUUAGUCGUGAACUUCACUAUAUGAGUAC